CCUGGAGGGGCGACUCUGGGACAGGGACCGCGACUUCCCUCAGGAUCCCCGUGCAGGGAGCCAGGAUGGCAUUCGAGGGACUGAGACGCCCAGGCUUUCCGCGUGACCCCAGAUUUCUCACCUCUGGAGAGCCAGCGAGGAUUUUCCGAUGAAAAACGGCGAAGAAAGCCCAAGGAAACUGAUGAUCAUGAACUUGCCAGACAUUCUGCAAAUGAACGCAUAGCAAGCGAUAGUCUUACGGUGGCAGAGGGCCAACUGCAUCCGGGCUGAGCACCCUACAUCAUUUCAGAUCCCUUCAGAGCCCUGAAGAAGAAGAAGAAGAAGAAGCAGAAAGCAAAUCAGGCAUAGGACACAAUGCAGCUGUUGCCUGUCUUGGAACCUGGAGACAAGCCUAGGAAAGCAACAUGGUACACUUUGACACCUCCAGGAGACAGCCCUUGUGCUCGGGUUGGCCACAGCUGCUCAUAUUUACCCUCAGUUGGUGAUGCUAAGAGAGGGAAGGUCUUCAUUGUUGGAGGAGCAAAUCCAAACAGAAGCUUUUCAGAUGUGCAUGCCAUGGAUCUAGGGACACAUCAGUGGGAUUUAGCCACCUGGGAGGGCCUCUUGCCCCGGUACGAACAUGCCAGCUUCAUUCCCUCCUGCACACCGGACAGCAUCUGGGUGUUUGGAGGUGCCGACCAGUCAGGCAAUCGAAACUGUUUACAAGUGUUGAAUCCUGAAACUAACAUGUGGACAACUCCAGAGGUGACCAGCCCCGCGCCAUCCCCAAGAACGUUCCAUUCAUCAUCGGCAGCCAUUGGAAGCCAGCUGUAUGUCUUUGGAGGUGGAGAGAGAGGCGCUCAGCCUGUGCAGGAUGUGAAGUUGCAUGUGUUUGACGCAAACACUCUGACUUGGACACAGCCAGAGACACAUGGAAAACCCCCAUCCCCUCGGCAUGGUCAUGUGAUGGUGGCAGCAGGGACAAAGCUCUUCAUCCAUGGAGGCUUAGCAGGGGACAAAUUCUAUGAUGAUCUCUAUUGUAUCGAUAUAAGUGAUAUGAAAUGGCAGAAGCUGCGUCCCACUGGGGCUGCCCCUGCUGGCUGUGCUGCCCAUUCAGCUGUGGUUGUGGGGAAGCAUGUGUACAUCUUUGGAGGAAUGGCUCCCACAGGAGCACUGGACACCAUGUACCAGUACCACAUAGAAAAGCAGCAUUGGACCUUGCUUAAAUUUGAUACUUUCUUACCCCCUGGACGACUGGACCAUUCCAUGUGUGUUAUUCCAUGGCCAGUGGCAUCUGCUUCUGAGAAAGAUGAUUUCGAUUCUGUCCCUCUGAACUGUGAAGCUGACAGAAAUUUCGAGGACAAAGCAGUCAUCCAAGGUGAUGACUCACAGCAAAGUGAGGACACACUGCUCUGUUUUGUGUUCGGUGGCAUGAACACCGAAGGAGAAAUCUAUGAUGAUUGUGUUGUAACUGUAGUUGACUAAUAAAACACUUUAUUUGUAAGCAGCUCUUUCAGAAAAGUUAAAUGGAAAAAGUUUAAAACGUUAAUAAAGCUGUUUUAUACCCCAAAUA